AUGGCCAAGUUGAAAGUCAUCAAUCUUAGUCACUCCCAUACGCUAUCCAGGACCCCAGACUUCACAGUUAUUCGGAAUCUGGAAACACUAAUUCUUGAGGAUUGUUCGAGUUUGGUAGAGGUUCACCCAUCCGUUGGAGUUCUCAAAAGGCUUGUUGUUCUAAGUUUGAAAGACUGCAAAAAUCUGAAGAGAUUUCCAAAUGGUAUUCACUUGGAAUCCCUAGAGACUUAUAUUCUAUCAGGCUGCUUGAAAUUAGAAAAGUGCCCAGAAAUCUUGGGGGAUAUGGUAUGUCUAUCAGAACUUUAUUUGGAUAGGACAUCCAUAAAAGAACUGCCCUCGUCAAUUGAACAUUUGGCUAGCCUUACUUUGAUGGAUUUGAGUGAAUGCAAAUACCUUACGAGUCUUCCAAGAACCAUUUGUAGGUUGAGUUGUCUAAAAACACUGUGUGUGUCUGGCUGCUCAAAACUUGAGGAAUUGCCAGAGGACCUGGGAAAUAUAAAAUGUUUGGAGGAGCUUCGUGCAAAUAAUACUGCUAUCAAACAACUACCAUCCUCCAUUAAUCAUUUGGAAGGCCUCAAAGUCUUAACCCUUGGCGGAUGCAAGGGUACAAUAAUAUCUCAAUCAUUUUUUUCAUCUUGGUUUUUACAAAGGAAAUGGGAAGAUUCUGUGUGUUUGGUGCUUCCUUCGUUAGCAGGUUUGAAUUCCUUAACAAAACUUGAUCUUAGUGAUUGCAAUUUGUCUGAAGGAGGGAUCCCCAGUGACCUUGGCAGCUUAUCCUCUUUGAAAGUGUUGAAUUUAAGCAGAAACAGCUUUGUUAGUUUACCUGCAACCAUCUCCCAUCUUUCUCAACUUGUAUCCCUCAAGUUAGUUGGGUGCAAGAGGCCAGAAGCAUUACCAGAGCUUCUAUCUUCUAUUAUUAUAUUACUUGCAGAUGAUUGCCCAUCAUUAAUAAGCUUUGGAGAUCUGUCUACAAAUAAUAUAUCACUGGAUAUGGUAUCCACAUUCUCUAAUUGCUUUAAAUGGAGUGAAAAUGUGGUUGAUAUGUAG